CCGAAGAAGGAAUUAAAAGUUCUAAAGAAGAGAAUUUGUUUUCUAACUCUGAACCAGGUCUAAAGAACGAGGUAUCUACAUCGUCGUCGUGAUCAUCUGCUAAAUGUGAUUUGAAACCUGAUGAGCGUGCUCUCAUUAUGGAAGGAAAAACACAAACUGCGCUUUCCAAAGAGGAAUUCGAUGACAAGAAAAUAAAUGAUAAGUUAAUGCCAAGCUUUGGCGCUACUGAAAAUGUUGUUCGCGUGUCUUCUGAUGAUCCAUUUGAUAUUUGCCCUGUUAAGGCGGGCAUCAAUUUGAAACCUGCUUUGAUUGAAAAGAACAGAAUGAAGCGAAAAGAAGACAAACUGUCUGCAGAAGGUCAGAGCACAAGCUAUUUGAGGCCUGGGAUGCUUCUUCUUAAAGGAUUCCUAAGUUUCAGUGAUCAGAUUAGGAUAGUGAAGUUAUGCCGGGAUCUGGGGUUGGGUCAUGGAGGUUUCUACCAACCAGGUUACAAAGAUGGAUCAAAGUUACAUUUGAAAAUGAUGUGUCUUGGUAAGAACUGGGACCCCGAGACAAGCAAGUAUGGGGAAGUACGAUGUGAUGGAGCUAGACCACCUCCAAUUCCUAUUGAACUUAAGAAACUGGUGGAAUAUGUGCUACUUAAAAGUCACACCUUUUUGAAAGAGUUCCACAAAGUACACAACGCCUCCCAGGAACUUCCACUGAUGUCGCCAGACAUUUGUAUUGUCAAUUUUUAUACGAAAACUGGUCGGCUUGGUCUCCAUCAGGAUAAAGAUGAAUGCUUAGAAAGUAUUAAUCGAGGACUACCUGUAGUCUCCUUUUCUAUAGGUGACUCGGCUGAGUUCCUAUACAGUGACUAUCCUGACAACAAUCCAGACAAAGUAGAGCUUAAAUCAGGAGAUGUCCUGAUAUUUGGUGGAAAAUCUCGUAAGGUGUUUCAUGGUGUUUCAAGCAUCAUCUCCGAUUCUACUUCCAAGGCCUUGCUUGAAGAAACUAAUUUGCGACCUGGACGUAUCAACCUCACUUUUAGGAAGUUCUAGUGACAACUGUUUGUAUGUAAUACAUCCAGGUAUGUGAGUUAUAUGCUUUGAGUAAUCCAUAGAUCUUAAGGUGUGUAAACAUGGAAAUUGACUUUUGUGUU